UUGAAGGCUUAGAACUGAUGUAGAAAGAUGUUCACUUCAGAGAAAGGGGCUGUGGAGGAAUGGUUGUCAGAAUUUAAGACUCUACCAGAAACAUGUUUACCAAAUUAUGCCAAGAACCUGAAAGACAAGAGUUCUUUAGUUGCUUCUCUCUAUAAAGUUAUCCAGGAGCCACAAAGUGAAUUGCUAGAACCUGUUUGCCACCAGCUUUUUGAGUUCUAUCGUAGUGGAGAGGAGCAGUUGCUUCGAUUUACACUGCAGUUUCUUCCAGAACUGAUUUGGUGCUACCUUGCAGUCUCAGCCAGCAGAAAUGUUCAUAGCAGUGGAUGUAUUGAAGCUCUUCUUCUAGGAGUUUACAAUUUGGAAAUAGUUGACAAAGAGGGGCAUAGCAAAGUUUUGAGUUUUACUAUUCCAUCUUUAUCCAAGCCAUCUUUAUACCAUGAACCUUCUAGCAUCGGGUCCAUGGCUCUGACUGAGAGUGCACUAUCCCAGCAUGGUUUGUCUAAAGUUGUAUACAGUGGACCUCACCCCCAAAGAGAGAUGCUGACCGCACAGAAUAGGUUUGAAGUGUUGACAUUCCUGUUGUUGUGUUACAAUGCUGCCUUAACCUAUAUGCCCAGCGUUUCUCUUCAAUCACUAUGCCAAAUUUGCUCAAGAAUCUGUGUUUCUGGAUAUCCUCGACAGCAUGUAAGAAAAUACAAAGGUAUCAAUAGCAGGAUACCAGUUUCUUCAGGAUUCAUGGUGCAGAUGUUAACAGGGAUUUAUUUUGCCUUUUAUAAUGGAGAAUGGGAUCUUGCUCAGAAAGCAUUGGAUGAUAUAGUAUACAGAGCCCAGCUGGAAUUAUAUCCAGAACCACUACUGGUUGCUAAUGCAAUAAAAGCAUCAUUGCCUCAUGGCGCCAUGAAAUCUAGUAAGGAAGGUACAAAGUGUAUUCAAGUUGAAAUUACACCAACUUCCUCUAGAAUAUCAAGAAAUGCAGUAACCAGUAUGUCAAUAAGAGGUCAUAGGUGGAAAAGACAUGGAGAUACAGAAUUAACAGGUCAAGAAGAACUGAUGGAGAUAUCUGAAGUUGACGAGGGAUUUUAUUCGAGGGCUGCAUCUAGUACCAGCCAGUCAGGUUUAUCAAACAGUAGUCACAAUUCUAGUAACAAGACAAGUGUAGGAAAAACUCAGAGACGGUCAGGAGGAGCCAAACCUGGAGGAAAAGAAAAAGAGUCAACAGGCGAGUUCUGCAAAGAUCAUUUUGCUCGAAAACAAACCCAGAGAGCCCAAAGUGAGAAUCUUGAGCUUCUCUCUUUGAAGAGACUUACACUGACAACCAGCCAGUCCCUGCCUAAACCUAGUAGUCACAGUUUGGCUAAGACUGCUGCGACUGUGUUUAGCAAAUCCUUUGAACAAGUCAGUGGUGUGACUGUCCCACAUAACCCAUCAUCUACUGUUGGCUGUUGCGCCGGGACAGAUGCUAAUAGGUUUUCUGCUUGUAGUCUCCAAGAAGAAAAACUUAUGUACGUUUCGGAAAGGACUGAACUUCCAAUGAAACAUCCAUCUGGUCAUCAAAGACCUCCUAGUAUUAGCAUUACUCUGUCCACAGAUUAAUUUGUAAUUAUUUUUUCACCUAACCAGAGCCUCUGGGGACUAUAACUUUGCUUCUUUAUGACAAUGCUCAGGGUCUUUCAUCCCUGUUCCUAACAGGAGCCCUGAUAUCUUAAGUGUGAAAGGCUACUUGGACUUUAUGAAGGAAAUAAUGUCUAGGUUGCAGUUGAAAUAUGGUUUUAUCAUUUCUUAAGUGUGUUUCUACCAUCCCUUCCCCACAUUUUGAUUCAUUCUUAUUUUUUUCUUGUUGCUGCAUUGCCCUAAA